CUGAAUGAAUUAAAAAUCAGUGUUGUUUAAAAAACAACGCAUUGCUAGCAAAACAGCUACAAAAUGCAUUGAUUACGAUUUAUUGUGGCGAACCAACAAGGCCCGAUUGCGUUGGAAAUUAAUAUUCAACAAAGGCUGCGUUUAAUACUAUAAUAUUAUUUAUAGGAAAUAUCGCUAGUGAGGCAAUCACCACACAAAAUGCCAACGAGCAUUUUUACACUUUGUUACCUGUUGCUGGCCGGAUUCUCAACGGCGAGCCAUGCGAAUCUCGAUUCCACAAAAUACAAAACGAGGACAACAUCAGUAUCAUCAGCAGCUGCAGCAACUGCCAAUUCCUCCACACAAGUGGAUUUGGAGCCCAUCAAUGGCACUACAAAUUAUCGACUAUAUGGUAAAAAGGGCAAGGACGACAAGCCGUGGUUCGAUGGCCUCGACAGUAGGCAUAUUCAAUGUGUGCGUCGCGGUCGCUGCCUGGAGGUGAAUAGCACCCACAACACUUGCUUUGGCUCCAAGCUGCCCUAUGCAUACACCAGUCUGGGACUCACCGAUUAUCGCAAGGAGCGAGAACUGGACGAAGUCCUGAGCAGUUAUUAUGCCCUGCGACAUGUGCCCAAAUGCUGGGCGGUCAUCCAGCCAUUUUUGUGCGCCGUUUUCAAGCCGAAGUGCGAAGAGAUUGAUGGUCAGGAUAUGGUCUACCUGCCUUCCUAUGAAAUGUGCAAGAUUACGCUUGAGCCGUGCCGUGUGCUUUAUAAUACCACAUUUUUUCCAAAAUUUCUUCGCUGCAAUGAAACGUUGUUUCCCAUGAAAUGCAGUAAUGAUGCACGUGAAAUGAAAUUCAAUGUAACUGGUCGAUGUAUGCCGCCUUUGGUGCCGGCUGAUAAUGCGGCCAGUUAUUAUCCGGGCAUUGAGGGUUGUGGUGUGCAGUGCAAGGACCCCUUGUAUACGGACGAUGAGCAUCGGCAGAUACACAAACUAAUCGGCUAUGGCGGCAGCAUUUGUCUGCUCUCCAAUCUGUUUGUGGUCGCCACAUUUCUCAUCGACUGGCAGAAUGCCAACAAAUAUCCCGCUGUGAUCGUUUUCUACAUCAAUCUCUGCUUUCUUAUCUCCUGUUUUGGGUGGUUGGUGCAAUUUACAUCCGGAUCUCGGGAGGAUAUUGUCUGUCGCAAGGAUGGCACGCUGCGUCACUCGGAACCGACAGCCGGCGAGAAUCUCUCCUGCAUUGUGAUCUUUGUGCUCGUCUAUUAUUUUCUAACUGCCGGCAUGGUGUGGUUUGUGUUCCUCACCUAUGCCUGGCACUGGCGUGCCAUGGGUCAUGUUCAGGAUCGCAUCGAUAAGAAGGGAUCGUAUUUUCAUCUGAUUGCCUGGUCUCUGCCACUGGUGCUGACCAUAACGACAAUGGCGCUCAGCGAGGUGGAUGGUAAUGGAAUUGUGGGCAUCUGUUUUGUUGGCUACAUCAAUCACGGGAUGCGAGCCGCUUUGCUACUCGGUCCACUCUGUGGCGUCAUACUCAUUGGCGGCUAUUUCAUCACACGCGGCAUGAUUAUGCUUUUUGGGCUUAAGCACUUUGCUAAUGAUAUCAAAUCCACAUCGGCCAGCAAUAAAAUCCAUCUGAUUAUUAUGCGAAUGGGCGUCUGUGCGCUGUUAUCGCUCAUCUUUAUACUCGUUGCAAUUACGUGUCAUGUGACAGAGUUUCGUCAUUCUGCAGAGUGGGCCGAAAGUUUCAGGAAUUAUAUCAUUUGUCGCAUCAGUUCCGUUUAUGAUGAGAACAGCGUGUGCAAGAUUGAUAAUCGACCCAGUGUUGGUGUGCUGCAAUUGCAUCUGCUAUGCCUGUUCAGCUCUGGCAUUCUUAUGUCUACUUGGUGUUGGACGCCAUCGUCCAUUGAGACCUGGAAACGCUACAUAAAAAAAAAGUGCGGCAAGGAGGUUGUCGAGGAGGUUAAAAUGGCCAAGCACAAAGUCAUAGCACAAACGUGGGCCAAGCGUAAAGUUUUCGUUGACAAAGGUAGAUUGUCGAUAACGCUACACAAUACACACACCGAUCCCGUCGGACUCAAUUUCGAUGUGAACGAUUUGAAUUCAUCGGAGACGAAUGCGAUGAGCUCUACGUGGAUGCAUUAUCUACCAAAAUGUGUGAUACGUCGCGCAGCUUUGACUGGCGUCACCACGGGCAACACAAACUCCUCCAGUCAGGGACAGCCGGCUGCCGGGCGCAAGAACUCCCUGGACUCGGAAAUAAGUGUUAGUGUCCGACACGUUUCCGUUGAGUCGCGACGCAACUCUGUAGAUUCCCAGGUGUCCGUCAAGAUUGCCGAAAUGAAGACGAAAGUCGCUUCGCGUUCACGUCACGGACAUGGCAAACAUGGCUAUGCCUCCAGCAGCAACAAGCGCACCCAACGCCGCCGGGAUUUCUAUGCGGCGAGCAGCGGGCGUGCUAAAUGCAACAGUGCUGGACGUGGCAGGCGUGAGAGCAGCACCUCCGUUGAAUCUCAAGUGAUUGCACUGAAGAAGACAACGUAUCCGAAUGCUAGUCACAAAGUGAACAUGUUUGCCCAGAGCACCAAGAAGCACAAUAGUCAUACACGUCGCAAUGCCGAUCCGAGCAUCAUUACGGAUUUCAUACAGAAAAAUGGACAGUUUAUAUUGCCAUUUCUGCAGAAUCAGGGCAUGACAACCAGUUCGGAUGAAGAGGAUAAUUCACGCACCUCGCUCAAAAUACGAGAUCUCAAUGUGGUCGUUAAACAGGAGUUGAGCGAUGACGAUGAUGAUGAUGUGGAUGAUGAUGAUGAUUUGGACAUUGCGGCACCCAAAAUUCAAGAGUUGACCAAUGGCAAUGGAAAUAAGGCAGCUGCCUUGGAGCAUUUCUUUAAGCAUAUGCAAAAAUCGAGCGAAUCCCAUCGACAUUCACGCAAUUCACAACGCAGUCGCAAAUCACGCAAGGAGCACAGCAAACCACAUCGACUCGAGUUGGACUUGGAUAUGGAUUCGAAUAGUGAUUUUAAGCGGAAUUAUGCACGACAAUUGGCCGCUGCAAUGGAUGUGAAUGGGGAUUCGUUGAGCUGCUCAUCGGUGGAGUUGGAUUUGCAAUUGGGUGGCAUGUUGCACAGUUCAUAUUCGGGCAUGUCGACGGGCAAACCAAAUUCACGGAACAGCAAAACCAGCUGUGAUGUGGGCAUCCAAGCGAAUCCCUUUGAGAUUGCCACGCACACGUUGCCCACCUAUGGGAAUGAGGAGUUGCAACAGGCAAUGCGUCUACUAAAUGCGGCAAGUCGACAACGCAACGAGCUAACCAAUGAGGAUGCCACCGAAAUGCAAUCGCUGCUCGGACAUCCACGAGUAGGACACCACAAGGAGCCAACGCUGAUGAGCGAAUCGGAUAAGCUCAAAAUGUUGCUGCUGCCCUCGAAGUAGAGCUACGAAUUUAAACAAUUAAACGCAUUUAUAUUUAAGUUUCUAAAACUCAAACCAUCUUCCAUUUCGAUCAGUUAACGAUUAGCAAUAAUAAGAAUUUAUGACCACAAAUUCGAAUACGAAUAUGAAUACGAAUACUCAUUAGCACAUAAGUUUGCAAAGUUUACAAGUACUAGAAUAUAUAUAUAUAU